CGGCCCACUUUUGUAUUUAAAGCCUCGCUGCGAGCGAGUCCGGAGCCGGGCUCAACAGAUCCGCUCCCUGGGCUCUUGGUCACCCGAGAAGCCGCGGCCGAGUGAAGCCCGGGAGCUGCUCUCCGGCCGCGCCGACUCUCUUGUUCUCCCCGCGCCGCCCGGAAAGAGCUCCCUGGAGCUCGGCGGAGGCCGGGGUCGCCGCGGGCGGAGGGGGAGGGGACGCAGGGCGGCCCGGCCGCGGGAAGGCGGGCAGCGCUCGGUCGCCGGGCCAGGAAGCGGCGCGAUGCGAGAGUCCGCGGCGGCGGCGGCGGCGGCGGAGCGGCGCUGAGCUCAGCAGCAAGGAACCUCUCAGUCUGCAGAGCUAGCAGCGGCCGCGGGCGCCACCGGCCGCACAACGGAUCUGCAGGCGCGGAGCAAAAUGCACCCACGGCGCCGCGCGGUCCUGCAGCCCCGCCACGGCCCCGCGGCCCGCAGCCCCCCAGGGCGACAGUGAGCGCCUCCCGCCACCGCCGGGGGUCGAGUGGAGGGCUCUGAGGUGGGAACGCGGGACAAGAUUUGGCGGCUGUGCGUUUCUAGGAAGCCACCGCAGCCCGAGCGAGCUGACCUUCUGCCACCAGCUGGGCAUUAGCCAGCGGCGCGCAUGGAUUUAUGAAGACACUCAUGCAAGAAGUGGGCAGGACUUGGGCAAACUUUUCCACCGGCUCCGAGUCCGCGGCUCCCAGCGCCUCGUCUCUUUUCCGCUCCUCGUCCGGCUGCCGCCGCUGCCCGCGAUGGUGGCAGCGCUGCGGGGCGGCGGCGGCGAGGCCCGCGGGGGGACUGUGUCGGGCGCCUGGUUAUGCCUGAUGGCGCUGCUGCAGCUGCUGGGCUCUGCGCCGCGGGGCUCAGGACUGGCGCACGGCCGCCGCCUCAUCUGCUGGCAAGCGCUGCUGCAGUGCCAGGGGGAGCCGGAGUGCAGCUACGCCUACAACCAGUACGCCGAGGCGUGCGCACCGGUGCUGGCGCAGCGCGGCGGGGGCGAUGUGCAGGGAGCCGCCGCCGCCGCCCUCCCUGCCUCGGCAGCCUCCUUCUCGUCGCGCUGGCGCUGCCCGAGCCACUGCAUAUCGGCCCUCAUUCAGCUCAACCACACGCGCCGCGGGCCCGCCCUGGAGGACUGUGACUGCGCGCUCGACGAGAACUGCAAGUCAACCAAGCGCGCCAUUGAGCCGUGCCUGCCCCGAACCAGCGGCGCCGGCGCGGGCGGGGUCAUGGGCUGCACCGAGGCCCGGCGGCGCUGCGACCGCGACAGCCGCUGCAACUUGGCGCUCAGCCGCUACCUGACCUACUGCGGCAAGCUCUUCAACGGGCUGCGCUGCACGGACGAGUGCCGCACGGUCAUCGAGGAUAUGCGGGCGGUACCCAAGGCGGCGCUGCUCAACGACUGCGUGUGCGAUGGCCUCGAGCGGCCCAUCUGCGAGUCGGUCAAAGAGAACAUGGCCCGCCUGUGCUUCGGCGCCGACCUGGGCAACAGCCCGGGCAGCAGCGGCUCGGACGGGGGCCUGGACGACUACUACGACGAGGACUACGACGACGAGCAGCGCCCCGGUGGCGCGGGUGGCGAGCAGCCGCUGGACGACGACGACGGCCUCCCGCACCCGCCGCGCCCGGGCGGCGGCGCUGCUGCGGCGGGCGGCCGCGGGGACCCGCCUUACGGGCCCGGGCGCAGGAGCAGCAGCAGCGGCCGCUCGGCGCCCCGAGGCGCUUGGACCCCACUCGCCUCCAUCUUGCUGCUGCUGCUCGGGCGGAUCUUUUAGCACUCGCGCCCCCCGGCUGUUGGCUGCGGAGGGCCGGCGUCCCACUUUCGCGCGGGCUCUCCUGCUCGCUUCUGAGCCCGGGGUAUCUGUGGCUUGGGGACAGAGAGAGAGGAUGGUUGGGGAUACUUCCCAAAACUUUUUCCGAGUGGAUUCGGCUUACUGCCGGUCUCCCUGCCACCAGUCUUGGCACUUCCCCGUCUCCUCUCCCCAGCAUGACUUCUUGGACCUCUCUCGCCCCCAUUCCAGACUCCAGAAACUCCCCACUUGCCUGCCCUCCAGAAACCUGCCUUUAGCGUUUGGGAUGGAGGGGGACCGGACUGUAGUUCUGGUCUCAGAAGGUAGAUAGGGCCUUAACAGUUCCAGGGGUCUGGGCUUGAGGAUGGAGUUUGCAGGAAGGAUUGUAUUUGCAAAGGGGCUGCCUGUUUCUUAGCAUUUUUCCUUUGGAGGGGGAGUGCCAGUAUUAACUUUUUCUUUUUAUUGCCGCCAGUGAGGACAUUGCAAUCGUAAGUAAACAGAAAAGUCCCUGAUUACUGAUUCAUUCAUUUAGUCUUGGCCUCAGAGCUCAGAAUUCUUAGUGACACGCGGCCGGGGAGGGGGGCGCUGUGAUUGCCUUAGGAGGAACCCCUGAAUUGGUUUUGGAUAACUUUGAGCCCUUGACCUCAAUUUCCUUGGUACCACUCAGCACAUUUCUUAGGAUUAAGGGUCAAAAAAUGCUGAUCUAAGGGGGUGCUAUGGUGUUGAACAAUGCAACUUUUUAUUUAAAAAGCUCUACACUGCCAUCUAUGAAAGCCUCUUUAUGAUGUUUGUUUUGUUCUUUUUUCCAUCAAGAAAUUGUAUGUUCAAAUAUGCAGAGAACUAUAUAUUGCCUCUGCUCCUAUCAGGGUACUAAACUCUGGUACAUCCUAUAUAAAGUGUAUUAAAACUGGGUUUGUUACCAGUUGCUGUACUUUGUAUAUAGAAUUUUUAUAAAUUGUAUGCUUCAGAAAUAAUUUAUUUUUAAAAAGAAAUUAAAAUUUUAAAUUCACAUCCAUAUUUACCCUUCCCCCUGAAAUGUAUAGAAUCCAUUUGUCACCAGGGAUCCAAACCCAUAGUCCAUUGUGAAGUGUGCUCUAUUUAGAACAGUCUUAAAAUGUACAGUGUAUUUUAUAGAUUUGAAGUUAACAUUCUUAUUUUCCAGAGAAUUUAUGGACAUUGUAGAAAUGUAUAAAUGCAUUUCCAAACUGCCUUAAACAUUGUAUUUUUAUAGACAUCAUUUUUUUAAAAUCCUAAGUUUUAAAUAACUGUGGAUUUGUGUAUUUUUUGAUUAUUUGUUUUAUUAAAACAUGUACAUCAGUAAAGAGUUUUAAACAAUGAA